ACGCACGAGAUUCAAAGUUGGCAGCAACGUUUCUGCCGAGAGACUCUGGUAGCAUAACUCGCUUGUUUUCAUCCGCAGUUGAAGCUUUAACAAGCCUAUAAAAUAUACAUUUCUCCAUGUUUUCAUACGAGUGAAGGGGUUAAUUAUUAUCACUAUCAGAAUGGACGGUAAAGUCAUCGGACCGGGUCCGUACAGGGCGACCAAGCUGUGGAAUGAAACCAUUAAACUCUUCCGUGGAGGCAUGCCGCUGAGAAGGCACUGGGCGCACUUCCGCUACUAUGAUUGCAGUUUCACAGGAUCCGAGGCUGUGGAUUAUCUGCAUGAGCUGCUGAGGCGCAACUACAACUUUGGCCCCGAGGUGACUCGUUACCAGACUCUGCAGCUGCUCAGGAAGUUCCUCAAGGCCCAUGUCAUAGAGGACAUCAAGGGACGCCAUGGGUCAGAAGACUUUGAAGACAAUGGCCAUCUGUACAGGUUCCCCUUCUCGUCCCCCCUCAAGUCUUUUCCAACAAGGCCUCUGUUGAGAGACAGCGCUGACCUUCCCAGACUCAUUCGCUGGGACGACUACGAAGAAUUGCCUCAGCGGGAAAACAUUCCACCCCUGAAGUCUGCUGUCAUGACGUCAGAUUUGUGGAACAAAAGGCACAGUGUAGCUAUUGGGGAUGUGCACGAAUGCAAGCUCAUACGAAGGAAGGAGAUAACUCCAAAGCAAGUGGACCACAUCUGGAAGUCCAUGACGGUUGCCCAUUUACAGAGAGUGUUGGGCCUAACGUCAUUGGAUGGAGUAUUAAACCCAACGCAUGUGAACGGCAAGCACAUUGUUCACAAUGUGUUCAGCGUUAAUAAGACGGGCAUAGUCAUAUUGGAGAACAAAGCCGAGGACAUGCCGUAUUGGGUGGUAUCAGCAAUGAAAUGCCUCGCCAAUUGGCCUAAUGCCAAUGAAAGCAAACAGCCAGUGUACCCGUGUUUCGAGAGGGAUGUUCUGAAAACAGUGGCCGAUUACUUUCAGAGACUCAAAGAACCCCUGUUGACUUUCCAUCUAUAUGAAGUCUUUGUCAACAUUCUGAGUCUGCUGCAGGAGCAGGAGGUCGCCACUGAGGCUCUUCAAUUCAGCUGUCUCUUACUGCCGCCGCCUAACCGAAGACGCCUCCAGCUGUUACUGCGUCUCAUGUCCCGGGUCUGCCAGAAUCCUAACCUGCCUCCACUCAAUGACACCCUUGCUACCCGCACACUGAUGGUGCAGAUGUUCUCGCACUGCGUUCUGGGCUCAGUGGAUGAGAUGGACCUGGAUGAGCUGCUUGCCACUAAAUUGGUGACCUUCAUGAUGGAGCACCACAACACCAUCUUCCAGGUUCCUUCCAAGCUGCGUCGCCAGGUCGAGGAGCACCUGUCGCACCUCAAAAGAGUUCAAAUCAAAUACGCAGGUUCAGACACGGACAGCAGUGCAUCUCCAGCAUUCUGUAAACAGAUCAGCAGGGUGGAGUCCGAGGAGCAGAAGGUAAUAGGAACCCAGACCCCCCUGCAGGCACUGCUGGAAGGCCUGAUAGCAGACAAAGAACUCCCUGCCAAGGACAAGAGGAAAAGGCUUAAACAGUUCCAGAGGUCCUACCCAGAGGUCUACCGCAAUCGAUUUCCCACAGAGGAAAGCAAGGCUGCCGUAGUACCUGAUAAAGCGCCACGACUCAAACCUCACCUCAUGUUUUUCAACAUCAAGAAACCCUUCCAGCCCUUUCAGAGGAGCUGGAGUUUUAGGGCGUGA